ACCAAAACGCUCCAAACGCUCAAAUAUUUACUGUAUAUUAACUUUUUUACGUUAUUAGUCAUGGCAGCAACUAAAGAACUUUUGCAAAUGGACCUGUAUGGCCUACUUGAAGUCGACGAGACAGCGUCCUCGAAAGACAUCAAGAAAGCGUACAGACAAAAAGCUCUAAAGUGCCAUCCAGACAAGAACCCUAACAACCCUAAAGCAGCGGAUCUCUUCCACCAGCUCUCACAGGCUUUAGAGGUCCUGACGGAUGCUGCGGCUCGAGCUGCCUAUGAUAAAGUCCGCGCUGCCAAGAGGCGUGCAGUGGAGAGGACACAAAAACUUGAUGACAAGCGCAAGAAAAUCAAACUCGACUUGGAGGCCCGCGAGAGACAAGCUGAAGCCCAUAGUGCAGAAGAGGUCAAAAUCACACGAACACUGGAAGAGGAGAUCACUCGGUUGCGAGAGGAGGGUUCCAGACAACUCCAGGAGGAGCAGAAACUUAUUGAAGAGCAGAUCGAGCGUGAGAAAGCAGCCAGACUUCACACAGAUGGCUCUCACAUAGAUGAUGGUGCUGGAAACCAGGGAGGUGGCAGUGCGACCCCGAAACUAAAACUCAAGUGGAAGAGUAAAAAAGAAGAUGAGAAUAAUGGGGGCUAUUCACAGGAGUUUCUGUUUAGCCUACUCAAAAAGUACGGAGAUGUGCAGAAUGUGCUCAUAUCGAGUAAGAAGAAAGGGAGUGCUGUGGUGGAGUUUGGAUCUGCCAAAGCGGCUGACUUGGCGUUUAAGAAUGAGAGUGGGCUGAUGGGAAACCCGCUGAAAAUCUCCUGGCUGGAAGGGCAGCCUGAGGCCCCGCCCGUACCCACACACACAUCAGACCCCGGCAGCAUGUUCACACACUCACAGGCCUCCCUGACCUCUGGCCGUGACUACGAGAGCCUGGUGCUGAUGAGGAUGCGUCAGGCAGCCGAGCGCCAGAAGCUCAUUGAGGACAUGCAGAGGGAAGACGAGGAGGAUGAGGAGGAGGCAGCCACCGCCCGUGCCAAACCCAAGACCAAAGCCUGACCCCAACGCUGGAUCCCAUUGGCCCACUUAGGACACUAAACCAUUGGCGAGGUGCUUCAUUGGUUGACGUGUCCACGUUGGUCCAAUCAGUAUUUGUCGUGGUAUGAUCGGAGCUGAUGUCUUGGACAUGGCAAAUUCUCGAGUACAUAUUUCGGACUGUUGUACUAAUGGCUUUAGUUUCAUAAAGUCAUGCUGCUUAGUUUGUGGCCAAUUUAAAUGCAUAUUUUUAUUGUGUCAUUUAAGUUUGGGGAAUGGAAUAAAUAUUGUUUGUUUUUUUCUAGA